AUGACCGUCGAACAGGCCCGGCAGAGAUGCGGCGACAAGGCCCGGCUGUCCUGCUGCAACGACGCUACGUACACUGGUGACGACACCAAAGUCAACAGCGGCGUUGUCUCUGACGUGCUCGGAGCCGGCGCUGGCUCGCAGGGAGUUGGCCUUUUCUCCGGCUGCUCCAAACUAGAUUUGAGCUUGAAUAUCCUCCUUCUCCUUGGUGUCCAAGAUCUGCUCAACCAGGAGUGCAAGCAGAAUGUUGCCUGCUGCCAAAAGAGCGGUGGAUCUGCGGACGAGGACGCUGUCGGCCUCCAGCUGCCAUGCAUUGGCCUUGGCUCGAUUAUCUAG